GAAUCUAGCUCUGUCAAGCCUCAAACCAAUUUAUAUUAUUAAAAAAAACAUUAAUUCGAUUUUUUUUGUGCGUGAUGAGAAGUGAUUGUGAACUUGUGAUUUGUGAAACGAUUUUUUAAAUAAUUCUGUAAUAAAUUACUGCUGUGGAUUGUAAAUAUUUUUAUAUAAAACAACUACAUAAUUCCUGUAGCACCAGCAUUGUAGUGCCGCCUAACAAAGUUAUUAAUAUUUAUUGUCAAGCAUUUUAAAUCCUCGAAUUGUUUUUUUCUAAUACAGGAUAUUAUGCCUCCGGUAAAAGAUGAUUUGAUAAGAGAAAUCAGUUGCAUAGAAAUAAUAACUGAAAAGAGCCCAGCAAAAGGUACCGCGCUCGUAGAUGUGAGAGCAUGUAACAAGCCCGCCGCUAAGGUAUGGUUUCGCGGAGUGAGGAGCUCGAAAUUCCGCCAUGUUUAUGGUGUUCCCUUUAAAAGGGAGCGUUGUUACGACAACAUAAAGAUCACGAGGAAUGCUCACGACUCCAACUUUUGCGCCGUCAACCCCAAGUUUGUCGCCAUCGUCACUGAGGUAGCCGGCGGCGGUGCCUUCCUCGUCCUACCGCUUGAUCACACUGGUCGCCUGGAUUUCAACGCCAGCCGUGUCACGGGUCACAAAGGCCCCGUAUUGGAUAUCAAAUGGAAUCCGUUCAACGAUAACAUCAUAGCCUCGUGUUCAGACGACUGCACGGUGAAACUAUGGCACAUCCCAGAUGGAGGGUUGUCUAUGCAUUUGACAGAUUGGCUGGUGGAACUUCAUGGGCACAAGCGACGUGUUGCCUACAUUGAGUGGCACCCUACCGCCGAGAACAUCCUGCUCAGUGCUGGGUUCGAUUAUUUGAUCUUUGUAUGGGAUGUCGGCAAAGGCGAGGCGGUCAAAGUGAUCGACUGCCACAGUGACGUCAUCUAUUGCAUGUCCUUCAAUCGGGAUGGAUCACUCAUCGCUACCACUUCGAAGGACAAGAAGUUGAGAGUGAUUGAGCCGAGACGUGGGAUUGUGCUUUCGGAAGGUCAAUGCCACACUGGCACCAAAGCCUCCAAGUGCACAUUCCUGGGCAGCCAGGGCAAAGUGCUGACGACCGGGUUCUCCCGCUACAGCGACCGCCAGUACGCGGUGUGGGACCAGCACGACCUCAGCAAGCCGCUGCUCUGCGAGACCAUCGACAGCUCGUCGGGAGUCGUCUUCCCGUACUACGACUAUGACACUAACAUGGUUUACCUCGCGGGCAAAGGCGACGGCAACAUUCGCUAUUACGAGGUGGUCGACGAACCUCCAUAUGUGCAUUUCCUCAACCAAUUCCUUUCUGGCAACCCUCAACGUGGCCUAGGAUUCAUGCCAAAGCGCGGCGUCAACACGGCGAUCUGCGAGGUGUUCCGUUUCUACAAGCUGCAUACGUCGCGCGGACUGUGCGAGCCCAUCUCCAUGAUAGUGCCGCGCAAGUCGGACUGCUUCCAGGAGGACCUGUACCCUGACACGGCGGCGCCGCAGCCCGCCAUCAGCGCGCGCGACUGGCUCAGCGGCAUCAACGCGCCGCCGCUGCACAUCAGCAUGAAGACAGGUGUAACAAUAACGACUCACAAGCCGCGCACGAAUAAAGACUCACCAGCGCAGCAACCCCAGGACGCCAACAACAGGAAGAAGUUCGCGUUCCUGUCGCGCGAGACCACGCCCGACUACCGCCCGCUCGCCACCUGGCAGGAGAACCACGACAACGACGCGCCACAGGUGCAAGUGACGGAGAAGUGCCAGAAGACGUCCGCGAACCAGAACACGAAGUUCCACCAGCUGCAGCGCAUGUUCGGCAAGCAGACGGGCGACAGCGAGCCCGUGCCGCUCUACAAGCAGAUCAACCAGGGGGACGUCUUCAACACCGAGCACGAGCUACGUCUGGCUUUCAACCGGCAAGGGGAAGAGUUGAGGAUUGUCAAACGUCAGUUGCAGUUGAGUCAGCAAAGAGUCCGCGAGCUGGAACAGCACAUCACAUCUCUUCAGGCACGGCUACAGUGAGACACUAAAGCGUUGUCACAUUACCCAAUUCCCUACACUUUCGUACUGCUUUCAUGCCCCAAAAUAGGAUUCCCAUGAUUGGAAAGUGUGAAAAGGCUUUAUUGAGCGACGGCUGAUUGCUUUGUUUUGAACAGCAUAUCUGAUACUUGUGGUAUGUGCUCUCUUUUGCUCUCUAUGGUGUAUUGGUUGAUUGUUUCGACUGGUUCUUGUGACAUUCCAAAAUUAUUAAAUGGAUACAUUACUGUAUGUCUAAAUAGUUUUUAAUUGUCACCUCAUAAAUUCACAUUGUGUGUAUUGUCUAUGAAUGACCCAUACAAUAACGCAUUGUGUUUGUGAUUUGUGAUAUACAAAAUGUCAUAUUUAAUUCAAUAUAUCUUUCGCCUCAUAUGUUGCGAGGUGCAAGUUAAAAAUUAUUUACAUAUACAUGGUUUUUUGGGUGAAAUCUAAAAAAGGUUACAAUUCAAUAGGGACCUGUGAAUUAAUGAAAACUAGAUAAGUAUAGCGUAUCGUUCAAAAUACCAAUAGCUUGUUGUGUAACACAUACAUACAUACGACUAUUGGCAUUAAAGCUACUGUUAUAUAUGCGGUAUUCGCUUAUAAGCUUAAAAAAAACUGAGAUUGCACUCUUCAGUUUCGAAUUCAUCUCUAUCUCUCUCUAUUUAUAAUAUCGCGAUAGACAGAGAGAGAUACAGACUAAUUCGAAACUCACACUAUCAUGUUUUAAAAAUAUCGUUACAGAAUAGCGCUGCGGAAUUAUUUAUAUGAAUAUAAAUGAAGUUAUUUAGGGUUAAACAAAUCCCUCAAAGGCGAAAAUCAUGAAUUAUUUAAGACCAUUUAAAAAAAUAUGUCAACUAGCCUAUUACCUCGUUUUUUUGUCUCUAUCUCUCUCAUGUUACAUCGCCCAUUGGAUCACGAUUUGUCAGAAAUGCAAUCUCUGAGCGGCCGGACUUUAGCAGUGACUGAUACUGUAAUUUCUCAUAAGCGGCGGUAAUCACUUCACAUCAAGUGUACCAGAGGCUCCUUUGACUGCAAUUAUAGCGAUAACAAUAAUUUGCGGCUCUAACACCGUUUAAGCUUGCAGUUGCUUCUAAAAAAAGCCUGAAUCGAUACAAAGAGAAGAACAAAGACAAUAUAUAAUAUACAUAGUUGUCUAUUUUUCUCGCCCUCAACAUCCAAGUUACAGCUAAAAUAUUUUAAAUACUGCAAAUAAGAACAAAAAAAAGUGUUUCUAAUGCUCGACGAACUAACCAUUUUGAGGCUCUACAAAAGUUGUUAAAAAGCUAACUAACCAGCAGUAGUGCCAAUAUAAGACUUAAAGCUUUAAUUCGCUUGUCCAACAAGCUAACUUUUAAAGUUCAUGCUAUUUCACUUUGAAACCUUGAUAAAAGUCUAUGCUUUAUUGUGAAAAUUGGCAUAAAAUAAUGCCUUCUAAGUGAUAAUUGAUACACUAGGUAUCAAACGUCUUAUUUAUGUUUUAUGGUAUAAGGUUUUAAUCAUUUUUAGGUGUUAAUUUAUAUUUUUAAGGUGAGGCUGUAAUGAUGGCAUUGGUUAUUAGCUGUUUUUAAUAUCGUGUCUUUGUUAGUCCUCUAUAGCAUUUGUCAAUGGCAUAUGAUAAAAAAUUUAAAAAUUGGUGAAAAGAAUUUUAAAAAAAGGCCAAUACGUCGGUAGAGUUUAUGUCCUAUUGGUCAAUAUUUCUCAUUCUUUAGUUUCUUAGGCCUAUUGGAGACGAAUGAUCACGCAUUUUGUCCAUGUCUUGGGUAUAAUUCUUCUAUUUACAAAAGACGGUUUGCCUUCUGAUUUAUUAGUACAACACGUCUGUGUUCGUAAUGUAAAGGAACGUCAACACAGUAGAAACUUUGAUUCAAAUUAUUUUGAAUGUUAUAAAGGGAGAAAUUAAUAAGCUUGAUAGGAAUUUUUUGCAUUGAAUUGCAUAAAAUAAAUAUAACAGUGACUUAACCUACGAGUAUGUAGGAUGUUUCCAUUUUUAGGCUGCACGCUUAACCCGGGAAAAACAUUUUACCAAUGAUUGCUUUCACGCGUAAGGGGCCCCACAACGGUGGUAGCUACACCUAUGGUGAUAUGAGUAGACGGGGGAUGCCUUCAGUAUGAUAUGUGUAUGGAGAAGAGUGGCUUUAUUUGCUUCAAGUUCAAGUGUAUGUGUGCAUUAAGCGUCCCCUUCACGGCUACUCCCAAUCGUGGCCAACUAUUGGCAUGUGGUUAAUAUCAAUUUUGUUUCUCAGUACAUUAUCUACUUUAUAUCUUCUUUAUCUCGUCAAGAUUCUCAUCACUGAAUACAGAUAAAUAUCUAUAAAAUGUCACUACAAUCAGUUUAUCUUUUAGGUAAUAUCUAUUAUGACUAUCUACUUUUCUUCAAUACUUAAAAAUAAAGUGUAGAUAUUUUAUAUGAACACGAAUAUUUGAAAGUCAUCAUAUUUGUCAUCUCAAGUAUUUAUAAACCCUUUACAUUUUAUAAUUAACUUAACCUUGUUUUAAAGACAUUUUUUUACAAUAUCUUUAAAAUAAUAAUUUAUUUUAUUAACGGAUAUUUCUAAAUAUUUAAUUAACCGACUUCUCAAUUCGUCGGAAUCUUUUUUUUCAUCAUUUUAUUUUGUAAUAUUCUAUGUUUUUACACUCAUGUUUCUUUGUAACUGCAAAAGAUCUUGCAUUUUCCUACCAAGCAUGUAAUGAACUGAAGUAAUGAUAAUGAAAAUUAAAUUGAUUAGGAUUUAUUUAAAUAGGGUAUAUACCAAGACGAAUUGUAUUGUAAUAAUAUUACCACAAAAUCGUAAGAUAUUAUCGUAUGUGGUCAGACCAAAAUUUUAUUGUAAGUUUUGUUUUUAUAUUUGUGAUUUACAGAUGGAAUGGAAUGAAAUGGUCCUUUUCCUUGUAAUAAAAAAUAAUAGAGAUGUAAAAUACUUGGACAAACACUGAAUGCUAAUAUUAUUUUUUUUAUUAUCAAUGAUAGCCUUAUUUGGAAUAAUUGAAAUGGGAUUUAUCAUCAAGCAAUAGAUAAAGGUGGUUUCACAUUUAGUGUUAAAAAUGUUUUCAAGUAUAUUAAGGUAAUAAACAACGACAAUGCAUUUAUUUAAAUUUACACGAAAUUGUGUUGGUUUAAUGAACUGUACCUGAAUAAUGGACGGAUAAUUACUUUGGCCCUUUUUUUUAAAAAAAUUUAUCAUUCCAUUACAUGAGAACAUUUUACUUAUAUUUAAAUAAAAUAAUAAAAUUGUAUUUAAAUACAUUACUAAUUUUUAAUAUGUUUGGCCUAAAAAUUUUAACUAUAAUUAUUAUUUUGAAGGCCUACGACCUUGUUGUGUGAUUUUGUGAUUGUUUGCUAAAUUCAUAGUGCUUUGAUAGUGCUAUGAAUGUUAGUAUGAGCCUAUCAGUGAUACCUAAUAAUAAUAAUUAUUAUUAAUUAUUAUUUUUAUUAGUAUGAACUACUAACACUAUUUUAUAAAAGCACACGAUAUAGUUUAUGUUUUAUGAUCCAGUUGAUUUGUUAGUGAUUGAUUUAUAGUCUGAUUUAGUGUUAACUGUUAAUUUCAAUGUUUGUUCCUUAUUUGUGUGUGUGACUCUUACUUGUGUAAUUUUAUUUAGUACCUUAGUCAUUGUAAGUUUAUUGACAUUUUAUUAUGCGAUUAUUCUUUCUACACUCAUAUUCUUUGUUAUGAAAUCUAUGCCAUUUUUUAUUUUUAUGUAUAAGAUCACAGGAUGAUUCAAAUUUUACGAUUUUGUAUUGAACUUUUAUAUGCAUAAGAGUGCGUUUCUAAUGUGGUAAAUACCUACUACACUACCAUAAACAACAAACACAAUAGCAGUGUUUCUAGUGUUUCAAGUGUACACGGGCAGCGUUAAUAAUAAUAAUUACACUAGCAAAAAAAUAUAUUGCAAAAACGCAUAUAUAUAUCUUACAUUAUAGGUACACAUAAAGACAAAUUAAGGAAUCCAUUGACUAUGUUCGAAAUAGAGAAACUAUAGAUCUGUCUACCUACAUUGUUAAAUUAUGAUACAACAUAAAGUGAACAGCAUAAUAGGCCUGCUAUUCUUAAUACAAUGAAAUAAAAUAUGUAAUUAAAUUUAAAAAAUCUGCUUCAGUGUAAACGCACCCUUAUCAUUAUUAUGAUUUUUAGAAUAUUGACAAUUAUUAUAAUUUUAGAAUUGAUUAUUAUUAAGUAAUUGAAAAUGUAUUUUGUCAUUUUACUAUUAUUUACUUAAAAAUGUACUGCCAGAACGAUUUCAAAAUAAAUUGUACAAAAAACGUUACCUGAAAUUUUUGUACAUAAACAAUGGA